AUGGUACCUAGGAAUAACACGGGCACCUUGCGUUGUGUUUACUUUGAGGGGAACACUCACUGGGACGGUAACCCCGUGUGUAAAGCGGUGACUUGUCCAGUUCUGGACACUAGCCGGGGUUACAUCUACCAGCGGUGUGACACGGAUAGAGAACUGCCAGUUGGUACAGUGUGUGAGUUGGGGUGUGAUAUUGUCUACCAGAGGAGUGAGAAUGAUACCACCCCCACUAUUCGCUGUCUACCCACGGGGCAGUGGGAGAACACGACCUUUCAGUGUAUAGCACCUAAAUGUCCUGCGUUAACAGCGCCACCUGGCGGCGCCGUGAGCCCUGCCUCUUGUCUGGUCCAGGGAGAAUAUGGCGACCAGUGCCAAUACCAGUGUCACGAGGGGUACCAACUGACAGGUGUCAGCAGUCACAGGUGCACGGAAUUCAACACGUGGACAGCUCAAGACCAGACUGUCGUCUGCACAGACGUAACCCCUCCUGAUUUUGGGGACACGUGUCCAGAGAGUGACCUCCAUUUCUUCACCCCUCCCUGUGGGGACAGAGCGUCCGUGUCGUGGUCAGAGCCAGUGGCCACGGAUAACUCCGGACAGCUGACCCUCAGCAAACCGACCUACACCUCUCCCUCUGUGUUAACCCCGGGAGACUACCCUCUGGUAUACACUGCCCUGGACGCCGCCAAUCUCCAGAAACAAUGUCGAUUUUCUUUGAGAGUCCGAUCUCCGUCGUGUCAGCCACCCCCUGACAUAGCAGGUGCUGUGUUAGACUCAACCACGUGCAGCUUCAAAUUUGGCUCCGUGGUGACUUACCGAUGCCAAGAUGGCUACCGUCUCCAAGGCAACGCCACGUUGACAUGUGGCAGGGGGGGUAACUGGGUGGGAUCGGUUUCUUGUGCCGCGAUCACUUGCCCCAAAUUAUCCGCUGUGCCAAACGCAGUGACGUCACCGUCGUUAUGCACGUCAUCUUCCGUAUUCUAUGCCACCCAGUGUGACGUCACGUGUGAGCUAGGGUACCUGCUGAAGGGACCUCGGAGUUUCACCUGUGGAUCGGACGGCGCCUGGUCUAAUCCAACAGGAGUGACGGAAUGUGAAGCUAUCCCACCCCCAGACUUUAAAGAUACCUGUCCUAGAAACACCAUCGUCUCCACGUACGUCAAUAAAGACUACACAGAGGUCACGUGGGGCGUGCCACGUGCUUUUGACAGUAAAGGCAGGCAAUUAUCCCUGACGGUCACUCCUUUGUUCGUGGUAUCGGACACUGUGAGGUUAGGCGUGGGCAGUCAUAGAAUAACCUACACGGCCACAGACUCGUAUGGACUGACGUCAACCUGCUCCUUCACAAUCACUGUAAAAGACCAAGAAGCCCCGCACCCCCUAGCGUGUCCAGAUAACCAAAUUUUUGAAGCCAGAGGCAGUGAGACAAAUGUUCAGUUUGAGAGACCAGUGUUUGAAGAUAACGUUGGCGUGAUUACGUCAUCCUGUGACCGUGAAUGGGGGUCAUUUCCGCUCGGCAGGUUCGAGGUCACGUGCACAGCACGUGAUGCCGCGGGGAACACUGGGAAGUGUGUUAUGGGCAUCGCUGUUGUAGCGCGCCGAUGCCCCGACAUACAACCUCCGAUACAUGGCGCCAAGGCCUGCAGCACCAUCAAGUUCACUACUCUCUGCACUUUGCACUGCAAUGACCAAUACGAAUUUCCGCCGUUUGCCUUCCCUCAACCUGCGUACACUUGUGGUAUAGAUAGUGGACAGUGGCUACCGCCUUUGCCUUUCUUGCCGUUCACCUGUGCACCGCGGUUUUUUCCCAACUCUGGAGAGGUCAACGGUCGUAUACAGUUCCAUGAGUACGAGGGAGACUGCGUGUCGGCGGCUGCCACUGCUGAAAUAAGGGCGGACUUUCAGAGUCUCUUGGAGCUUAGUAUUUUUGCGCAAGCUGGCCUUUGUGACGACGGGGCUUGCGAAGUCUCAUCAGUGACGGUUGUGUGUAAUACUGCCACUGGAUCCGGUUUCCCGGAUUUUCCGGGAGAUUUUGACUUUAGACGACGACGAAAGAGAGAGACAACGUCUAGAACAAGAAGCAGCGUUAGCGUCGAUUUUGUCAUCCUUACUAAUGCGACAAGCGAAAUGAGCAACGAUACAGACGUGUCGUCCCUGAAGGAAAAAUUGAAUCUCCUGUCGAGUUCUGUUCAAGAGUUUGUGGAGUCCGGCAAUCUGACGUUGAACAUCAGUGGCACUAGUUUGACAGCAGAUCCCAAGAGGUCAGUAGUGUCGCCAACCCUUAAAUGUCGCCCUGGGGCCGUGAUAAGGGACACAUACUGUGUCCAGUGUCCGGUGGGUACAUACUAUGACGUACAGCGGUCAGACUGUGUGGAGUGUCCAGUAUCCAGCUACCAGGACCAGGAGGGGCAGUUAGAGUGUGUCCCUUGUCCUGGACAGAUGACCACCAAUGAUGUAGGCUCCUAUAACGCUUCCCUCUGUAUAGAGCCCACAACCUAUGACAAUAUUGUAUUCCUCGGAAGCGUAGCUGCAGACAGGGACUGGGUGAUUGCUAGUUUUACCAGCUCAGCUAUUCUUCUUGUUGCCUCCAUAGUGGCUACGUUUACCAUUGGAUGGAGGAGAAGUCACGUGACUAAGGCAUAAGCCAAACAAAGACAACUCUGCUACGAUUGAAUUGUGAACAAAUAAAAAGAAUACUCCACUGUAAAGACUAAAGUGAUUUAUAAUACAUAUAGUCGACUUGAUUCUCUUAUUAUUUUAUUUAUUUAUUUAAUUAAUUUGUUUGUUUGUUUAUUUAUUGAAAAACAAAAAGAGACUUCAUUAUAUAUAUCAUGCAAAACAUUGAUUGUUAUAUACAUUAGAAAUAGAACGGUCACUUACAAAUUAAAACAUUACUAUUCAGAGUAGCAGGCUGAUAAAAAUGUAUGGAGGAGGAGGGGACUGUUGUACUUCAUAGCUGUACUUUGCGGGAACUUUUAAAAAAGUCCCCAAGAGAUUAUUUUU